AUGUCGGCAACGAUGGAAGACGUUAUCGAAAACGGCUCUGCUACGGUUUCGCAGCUACAGCCGAAUGCUAGUGAUGAGAUCUCAGCCGAGGAGGUUGCGCUUUAUGACCGACAGAUUAGAUUAUGGGGGAUGGAUGCACAAGCUCGGAUGCGCAACGCGCAUAUACUCCUCGUGACGAUUAAAGCUCUAGGCAACGAAAUUGCAAAGAAUCUGGUAUUGGCUGGUAUCGGAGCGAUUACGGUUCAUGAUGCGGAAACUACGACGGAGGAGGAUCUCGGGGCGCAGUUUUUUGUGGAUGAUGAGAUGGUUGGUUUGAAUAGAGCAGAAGCAGCGGCACCGGCGUUACAAAAGUUGAAUCCGAGAGUGAAGGUUUCUACUGAUACGACGGAGGGGAUUGAGAGUAGAGGAGCGGAUUAUUUCAAGAAGUUUUCGGUGGUUAUUGUUACCGAAGCUGAUUUUUCGACUUUGACAUCGAUCAAUAAUGCGUGUCGAGAAGCCGAGGUUGCCUUUUAUGCGGGUUCUAGCUAUGGACUUUAUGGAUUCGUGUUUGCGGAUUUGAUAAAGCAUCAGUUUGUGAUUGAACGGGAGCGAUCGAACGUCGAAACAAAGAUCGGGAGCGAGACACGGACGAGAAGUCUAGUCAGUGCUACUACUAGGAAGGAACCAGGGGGGAAAUUCACAGAAUUUGUGACGAAGGAAGAAGUUUAUUGUCCAUUGGAGCAGGUUGUUGUUUCACAGAUCGAUAAGAAAUGGAGGCCGAGGAAGAGAAAGGCCGUGUCUUCGGUUCUACCGGCCGUUUUUGGACUAUGGAAAUUCCAACAGACACACGGAAGACUACCAGAUCCAGACGAGCAUAAGGAAGACACGAAGUUAUUCAUGGCCAGCAUGCAUGAUUCACGAAAUAGUCUAGGCCUACCUCUCGACAAUGUUGAUCCUUCAUUUGCAAUCUCGUUUUUGGACAGCGUUGGGACGGAGUUAUCACCUGUCGCAGCGAUAUUAGGAGGGAUGCUAGCACAGGGGGUGAUUAAUUUCUUAGGCAAGAGGGAACAGCCGUUACAGAACAUUUUGGUGUUCGAUGGGGAUGUUACCAGUGCGCCUAUUUAUUGUUUAAGGCCGCAGGGAGAUGAGGAGUAG